AUGGAUGUUGGAUGCUGCCAGGCGGAAGUCGGCAAACUGAUUCGAGAUAAGGCGGAAGAGCUGAAUGAUGUUGGGGCCGCGUUGGCGUUUGUGCACCACCAUGUCCUCGACAAGCUGCAGACGUCGGAGUCCGUGCCACCCGUGCCUGAUGUCUUCCCGCCGUGUGCCCUACAACGUGUUUCUGGCCAGUUGUGCCGUUGUCGGGGCAUGAUUCAGGAGGUGGAGCCAAACCUCUCGCUAUACCGGGCCUCUUCUUUGGACUUCUUUGGUGGCACCGAGGAUGAAAACACGACGAUGCUAGAGGCCACCCUCCUUUACGUCAUUCCUGUGCCCGGCAACUCCUACUUUUACGACGCCCCACCGGAGGGGCAGAGCGAGGAACGAGCUGCCGCCUCCAACCUGCCAGCUCCGGGGCACACCUCCGGCGAUCGCAAGCGCCGGGAGCGGCCUGAUCGGCAACUGCAAAACUCAGACGUGGAGCGUGACUCCAAACAGCCUCGUCAGGAACCGGCAUCCAGAUGCGGUGAGGUUCCUCAAUCAAUGUUAAAUGUACCGCUCUACCAGAAGCUCAAUCUCCCACACCCACCUCUUAGUGGACUACUUCACACGGCGUGUGUCGUAACGGUGAUUCAGCACUCCGCUGUCGACGGCAACCGGCUGCAGCUCAACGAUGUCGUGGACUUUUUUGGUUUCCUGGACGAUGACUUGGCAGCCACCGGCUCUCAGAGUUUGGAUCCAGCCGACGAGUUUGGGGCCUUUGCUUCCUGGCAUGCAGAGCAACUUCCGCCGUCGCUGCUCUCGCGGAUGACAUGCAUAUCGUGGAGACAUGUUUUUUUUGCCCCAAUGCGUCCAUUAGCAUCACACUACUUUGAAAGUAAGCGCUCACUGGUUGUGCUUUAUUUGGCAAACACUAUUUGUCAAGGCGAUGCCCUACUUGCUGAAUACGUUCUUUUGCAUCUAUGCGCCCGUGUCAUCACGCAUGAGCGUGCAACACCUAUUGGUGAUAUUCCUCUCCGCGUAGAAGCGCAAACCAUUGACCCCGAGGCGUGGUCAUCGUUUAUGCGCAGCAUUGCGCCCGUAGGUGAGGUGCUGUUUGCCGCGUCGCAGUUGUCAAGCGUCGAUCUUCGCAUUGCGCCCCGACAGGAUCACAUGACGAAUGUGCUUCGCACCGGUGCUUUGCAGUUGGCUAACGGAACGCACGUGACUUUAGAUUGCCAGGCCGUUUCAAAGGCAAGCAGUGCUUUGCAUGACGCUCUUUUCACCGUAAUACAUAAGCAGGUGCUUCCGCUUCAAUACCCUUAUCAGGUGCAUGAACUGCCCAUUGACCUCAGCUUCCUUGCUCUUUCUACAGUGAGGCUUUCGGAGGAAAUUGACGCCCUCCAACUUGCCACCUCCGUGCGAUGGUUGCCGGAGCUUCCAAUGGCCGCAACGCACGCCGCAAAUAUUUCGGCGAAGGACGUGCGUGAUUAUCUUUCGCAUGUGCGGUGCGUCCGUCGAGGGUUUGACUGUGAGGGCACUUCCCAGGCGCGUCGCUUGGCUGACAAGUUGGUCGACUUUUCGAAGUCGGAGCCAGCCUGGAAUAACCACGAUCCGUUUAUUCAUAACAAUUCCUUUUCCAUGGCUGCCGCACUUAUGCGCGCCUGUGCGGCGAGUUUUGGUCGAGAGAGGAUCUCCGAUGACGAUGUUGAGCAUGUUCUUCGUCUUGAAAAGGAUCGGGUGGCACGCUGCUGUUAA